GGUUUGAGACACAGCCCGAGAGUUUAUCCUCUUACCUAACUCACGGAUACACUGACUAAAACCCAUUUAAAAUGUCCAGUGUAGAGUCACGCGUGAAUUUUAAAUCAACCCUUUAAAUCAGUCUUUUAAAAACGCCAUCAACACGAUCUCUAGAUAAAGUUAAUAGUCAUUUCCUGGCGCGUGAAUCUGAUCUAGCCAUCCCACAUUAAAUACUUCCGGGUAUUUCACCGCACUCAGAUGUUGGCUUGAUUUGGUUUUGAGUGAAUCUAUAUUUUUCUUUAUAACUUAAGGCGACAUGGACGAGAGCGUUUUGAAAUGUUGAUCUCAAGCGGAUUGGUAAUCCAUGGGAUUAAACGCCGCUGCUGUGUGAAGUGCUGUGUUGUGUAUUAACGUCCUCGCCAUGAAACGCAUCGUUUUCUUUCUGGCGUCUUUUUUCCUGACGGAAUGCUCAAGGAGACACAUUAGGGAUGUCCUAGACGACGAAUACGACCAGCUCAGCUCAUUGCUGUCAGACUUUGAUGUUCUUCAGCUGUCCAGUCUUCAACAGCAUUCGGUUCGUAAGAGAGAAGUCCAGUCGCAAACGCAUGCAGAAAGACUUCUCGGUUUCACUGCAUUGCAGAGGCAUUUCAAAUUGUACCUGACAACCAACACAGAGCUCUUCACCCAUGAUUUUAAGGCAGUGAUCGUAGGAGAGAACGGCGCUCAAGAGAUGUACGAGGUCCAGAGAGAAAACUUCUUCACUGGCCAUGUCAUUGGAGAGGAGAAUUCCAGAGUACAAGCACAUAUUGGCGACAAUGACUUCACUGCUCAUAUUCUUACUGAUGAAGCGGAAUACAACAUUGAGCCACUGUGGAGGUUUAUGGAAAACGCUGGUGACGAUCGGCUGCUCGUAUAUCGCUCUGAAGACAUCAGGAACGUGAGCCGGCUGGCGGCUCCAAAAGUGUGCGGCUACAUCAGUGCAGAUGCCAGCGAGAUACUUCCAGAAAGUGUGCGAGCAGCCAGAGCACUAUAUGAAGAUGAAGAGGAGGAGGAUGCGCACCUGAGAGAGAGAAGGCAGACGCAUGACCACAGUAAGAACACCUGCCCUCUGCUGCUUGUGGCCGACUAUCGUUUUUUCAAAUACAUGGGCCGUAAUGAGGAGAGCACCACCCUCAACUACCUGAUUGAGCUGAUUGAUCGUGUGGAUGACAUCUACCGUAAUACAACUUGGGAUAACGAGUUUAAAGGUUAUGGAGUUCAGAUUCAGCAGAUCAUAAUUAACAAGACACCCACAGAAGUAGAGCCGGGAGGUGCCCACUUCAACAUGGAAGGGACUCCUGUGAAGAGCAAAAAUGUCUGGGACGUCAAGAAGCUCCUGGAGCAAUUUAGCAUUGACAUCGCAGAUAAUGCAUCCGAGGUGUGCUUAGCUCAUCUGUUCACAUAUCAGGAUUUUGAUGAAGGCACACUUGGCUUGGCGUACGUGGCUCCUUCCAAACCAGGCUUUCCUGGAGGUCUUUGCUCUGAGAAGUGUCCUCCAUCAGGAAAUGACAACCGUGAUAUAUACCUCAACACUGGACUAACCAGCACUCAAAAUUAUGGGAAAACCAUUCUUACCAAGGCAACGGACUUGGUUACGACCCAUGAGCUUGGUCACAACUUUGGUGCCAUUCAUGACCCAGAUGACAUGCCGCACUGCGCGCCCAGAGAAGACCAGGGGGGCAGAUACGUAAUGUACCCCAUCGCGGUGAGCGGGGACCACUCUAACAAUAAAUUGUUUUCAACCUGCAGUAAGAACGCCAUAGCAAAGACACUGAAGGCCAAGGCCUCCACCUGCUUCAGUAAGAGGACCAGCAAUGUGUGUGGAAACUCACGGGUGGAGGAAGGUGAGGAGUGUGAUCCCGGACUGCUCCACCUCAACAGCGACCGCUGCUGCACGUCAAACUGUAAACUGCAGCCCAAUGUGCAGUGCAGUGACAGGAACAGUGCAUGCUGCAAAGACUGCAUGUUUGAGAAGCAGGGCAAGAUGUGUCAGGAGCCAAUGAAUGCCACUUGCAAGGGUAGCUCUUACUGUACAGGAAACAGCAAUGAGUGCCCUCCUCCAGAGAACCUCCCUGACGAGACCAUCUGUGUGGACAAUGGCCGGUGUCUGAACGGAGAGUGCAUCCCGUUCUGUGAAGCUGUGAAGAACCUGAAGUCGUGUGCAUGCAAUGAGACAGUCAACUCUUGUAAGGUGUGCUGUAGGGAUAAGAAUGCGGUCUGUGCUCCUUAUGUGAAUGACAAGGGUAACCACCUCUAUCUGCGGAAAGGCAAACCCUGCACUGUGGGCUUUUGUGAUGGAGUGGGCAAAUGCAAUAAACAAGUCCAGGAUGUUAUUGAGAGGUUGUGGGAUUUCAUUGAUAAGUUGGACAUCAAUACUUUUGGGAAGUUUCUGGCUGAUAACAUUGUUGGCUCAGUGGUGGUCUUUUCACUGCUUUUCUGGAUCCCUCUCAGCAUUCUGGUCCAUUGUGUGGAUAAGAAACUUGACCAGCAGUAUCAUUUGAACACAAAAUCACUCUUCUACCCCAGUAAUGCAGAGCUCCUGAGCAGUCUAGAAUCAGCCUCAGUGCGGAUCUUCAAACCACCCACAUCCUCAGGCUCCUCAGCAGUGCCACGCUUCCAGACGUCUGGACCUCUGCAGACCAGCACACCCCCGGUCUCCGUCUCUCAGGUGGCUCCAGCUCCAGUUCCAACCCCAAAUCCUCUCCCUACAAUAGAGCCCCAACGCAUGGCCACCAUCCAAGAAGAUCCCAGCUAUGAUUCCCACCUGGAUGAACAAGCCCUGGGAGAAGACUUCCCUACUUCUGGCUCCGCGUCACGCUCCUUUGACGAUCUGACAGAGAACCGAGAGAAUGCCAUGUCCUUCAGAGUAAAGAGACAUGGACGGAGUAAUAGCAAGGAGACUGAAUGUUAAGUGCAAUUGUAUAAAUGAAUGGUGGAAAAAAUGUGACUAUGAUUGAAGAAUAUUCUAAGGGAAUAUGAUUGGGAAUGCUCAAAGUUGAGCAGAACAAGCGAUACAUAAUCAUUGAUCUGCAAUGUGUGCUAACAGCACCAGUAUUAAAAAUAACCAGAAUGCAGUAUGUUUUAAAGGGAUAGUUUACUCAGUAUACUAUUGCUGCAACUGGAUCACUAAAUUGUAAUGAUUCAAUAACUAGGCAUUUGAUAGUAACUCCGACCUGUUAGGAUUAAGCAAUAUGCACUUACACACAAACAAACACACCGGAUGUCACUCAUCAGCAUUAUCUACACAUGACCAGCUUCAUUGUUAUAGAUUGUUACAGCUUGACUGCCCAAUACGAAGACGUUUACAUGUCUGUUUUUGUCUUGGAGGUUGCAAACAAAUCAUGAGAACCAUUAUGUUAUGAAUAUACCGGUUAUAUUUUACAUCUAUGUGCUCUUGACACUCACCAGCAAAUUGUUUCGUAUUCUCUGUAGAACACAAGCUUGUGUUUUUCCUUUUAACUGUUUGCAAAAGACAAUCUGACUUUUUAGGGGAAUUUGAUAUUUUCAGAUAUCGUCUCUUCUUUCUAUUGUUCUGGAAUCAGUUGUACCAGCAGCUGUUACAGAUACAGUAUUUGGUAAAUGAGAAAGGUUUUGGCUCAUUGGCUUUAUAUGAGACACCAAAGUCAUUAGUAAAAUCAAAAGACAGACGAGUUAGACAAUGUUCAUGAUGUUCAUGAACUGAUGAACACUGCUUUGAGAUCAGCAUCCAAAGUGCCUUGUAUUUUAUUUGUUUGUUUUUUUAUUUGUAUUGUGAAAUCUUUGUUUACUCUGUGUUUUGUUAUAUAAUCUACAAGGAAAACUCAAAAAGGGAGUAUGACACUGUCACUUUUAUUCUGAAUCUUGUUCAACAAGGUAAUUGGGAAUGUAUCGGUGCUAAUCUUGUAAAAUACUAGUGUCAAUUCUACGUACUAGAUCUUAUUACGUCAUCCAACCCUGAAAGCGUGCUUUUAUUCUCUGGUGUCAAAUCCUGUGAAACUUUUUUUUUUUUUUUUGUUAAGAAACGUGCCCGUAAUACUCCGACUGCAUGUUUCCUCACAAUGUUGUGACGGGACAAGAGAGAAAGUAUUGAAUAUUAAGACAGUGUUUUGUAUCGGUGUGUUAGAUAUUUGCGUAACUUGGUAUAUUUUGCAAGCCUUCAUUUUUAAAUAAAGUGUCAACCUCA